AUGAGCACGAAGAAGUCAGUGAUACCGCUGGAUGUGCUCCGUAACUGUAGGGGAAAGGUGGUGUCGGUGGAGUUGGCGAACGGAGAAACGAUCAAUGGAACCGUGAUGCGGGUUGACAGGUUGAUGAAUUUGCUGCUGAAGCAGUGCAUCCGGACAGGCGCUGAAGGAGACGUUUUUUGGAAGUCGCGUGAAUCACUCAUCCGAGGCGCGAGUGUACGAAACGUGCGAAUGGACGAGCGGGCAUUGGUGAUGCCCGAAACACGCGCAGCAGUGAAGAAUAAGUCACGCCCGGGCACGAAGAAACAGGCCACAGGUGGUAAGAAAAGAGGUCGAGGCGACUAG